GAAAAAGAAUAAAAUUCUCCAUCCUCAAAUCUCUCACUACAUAUACUCCUCUCGGUUUCCUUCGCCUGAAAUACUACCGCUUCAGCGCCAUCCCCCAAAGCCAGCCUCCUUCUCCUUCCUCCAUUGAAGGAGCAAGCUUCACUCCCAUUCCUAAAAAUUGGUAAAAUGUAAGCAGAAAUCACAGUCCAACAAUGCUUCGUGUAAGACCUGCCGCCCUCUCCCUUCACUCUCCUUCUCCACCGCUGCUCCGCCGCCAUUCUCCGUCCGAAUGUCUUCCUCCGCCCCCAGCCAGAUCAUAGAGCACGUCGUCCUACUCAAAGCCAAGCCCUCGGCCGACCCCUCUGCUGUCAACGAGAUGAUCCGCAACCUCAACGGCCUCGCAACCCUCGAUUCCGUCCUCCACAUCUCCGCCGGCCCCGUCUCCCGCUGCCGCUCCACAUCCCUCACCUUCACCCACAUGCUCCACUCUCGCUACCGCUCCAAGUCCGACCUCGCCUCCUACACACACGACCCAGUCCACGUCGCCGUCGUCGCCGGUUACGUUAAGCCCGUCGUUGAUGACGUCAUGGCUGUCGAUUGGGUGGCCGAGGACUUCUCCGGGCCGGUGGCGGUCGGGUUCAGGUUAGGCCUUAUUGGGUUGGGUCAUUAUCAGGUUGACCCGAUAACGACCCAAUCCGCACGAUUUGCCAGCCCUACGGUGGCGGUCCCUCCCGGGGCGGCGCUGCGGCUGAAGGUGAUGAAGGUGAAGGACAAGAGCGGGAAGGGCGAGGUUUUGGAGAUCGCGAGAGGGAUGAAGGGGAAAUUCGAUGCGAUCGAGCAGCUGACGGCGGGGGAGAAUUUCUCGCCGGAGAGGAGCAAGGGUUUCUCGAUCGCAUCGAUUGCGGUGGUCAAGGAGCUGGAAGCAUUGGGCGUCGUAUCGGAUGUGGUGAGUGAGCACUUCGACGACGUGGUGGUGCUCGAUUAUGCGGUGCCGGCACAGAAACCGGCGGCCGCCGCCCGUCUUUAAGCUUCACUCGUUUUGCUUGCUUCUUCCCGAUUUUAAACAAUGGUUGUUUUGUUCAUCUAAAUAAGUGGGAGAAUUGAACUAUAUGAAAUAUUUGUAUGUGAUAUUUUUGAUCAAUUUUCAUGAAGAUAAUAUCAUGAUUUGUAUGAAACGCAGAUAUUCACCAUUAA